AGUGGAUGCUGGGAUUGACCUGUGCUUGAAAUCACUGGACCCAGACUGAGAAGGUCUUGGACGCAGCCGAUCGGAAAAUGUCCAAUAAAGAAGUGAAGGCCACCUUGAAAAAUGCAAGGGAAGCUAUAAGAAAUAAGGAAUUUAAAGAGGCGUUGAAACACUGCAAGGCUGUGUUGAAACAAGACAAGAAUAACUACAAUGCCUGGGUUUUUAUUGGAGUUGCUGCAACAGAAUUGGAACAACCUGACCAGGCGAAGACUGCGUACAAAAAAGCCACAGAACUUGAUCCAGACCAGUUGCUGGCAUGGCAGGGGUUGCUAAAUCUUUGUGAGAAGAGCAAUACAUCUGACAACAAGCAUGAGCUGUUGGGAAUUUAUCAGAAGCUAAUGAAAUUGUAUGAAAGUUCGGACAAACAGAAAUGGCAUGAAGUCUGCUUAAAGUUAGUUGAUCUCUACCAUCAAGAAAAGAAUUAUCUAGAGGUUGCCAAAACAUGGAGUCGAUUGAUACAGCUAAAACAAAUUGAUGGAGCUAGUAAACAAGAGCUUCAUCAGAUGUGGAGGAAGAUGAUCCAGUUACUUGCAGACAAAGUAGAGAGUCAGGAUAAUGAAACCCAACAGCUGUUGAUAACAGCUUUUGAAAAUGUCCUUUCUUCCAUGGACAAGAUUCCAAGUGAUAGCCAUCAGAAGCUUUCCACCGAUUAUGUUAAAUUUCUAUCAAAACUGCCACAUGAAGAAAAUAAGCUAAAACUAGCAUGUGAAACUUUGAUAACCCAAUAUCCUAAUUCAUCAUCUUCACUUGAAGUACUUGCCAUGCAUUUUAUCCAGAAAGAAUGCUUUAGUGACGAAGCUUUACAAUGUUAUUCAAGACUUAAUACAAUUGAACCAACAAAUGGGCUAGGUCUUAUUGGAGUUGGAAUCAAAGCUAUGCAAGAAAAGAAGUAUGAAGAAGCUGCAAAGAACUUAACUGAAGGAUUAAAGCAGGCACAUUCAGCAAUUAUAGCAUGGCUUUACCUAGCAGAUAUCCAGCUCCGGAUGCACAAGUAUGAAGCAACAAUUACCUCCUGCAGAUGUGGGUUGGAGCUGUUGGAAAGCAGUGGCCAUUAUGGGAAUGCACAGAAAAAACACAAGUUGGUUCAUUUACAAGCAGAAGCAAUGAUCAAAUCCGGUGAUGCAAAUAAUGCAGAGAAAGCCUUUGAUAUCUUGGAACAGCUUUCUGGCUCCAAUGAAUCAGCAGCACUUGCCUUGAAAGGACAGGCUUGUUUGAACAAGGGUCUGAUGAAACAAGCAUCUCAGGUUUGUUUGUUUGUUUGUUUGUUUUGUAAACUUCUUAAUAAUAUGCAAGUACACAUGAAGCUAAUGUUCCAAUAG